UUCAAUCACUAUAUUCAAAUACAUGAUAUGGAUAAAUAUUCCAAAGACAUUCGUAGAUGAAUAUUCAUCUCACAUCUGUGUUACUAUGUUGGCUGAGUAGUUUCACUCGUGCUUAAAAUGUUUUUGUUAUUCAAAUUAGUUUUCUAUUAUCAGAUAUAAAUGACACGAGAGUGUGUCCUGGUGGAGCUGUCUGUGGUGCUGAUUGUACAUACCCAGAGCCAGUACAUGGUCAUGCGGCGGAGUUGCUGCGGCUUUGAAAUUCUUUCGUCUUCAAAUUGAACUCGUGCUCUAUAGCUAGGUUUUCAAGUCCCUCAUAUCUCUUUCUUUUGUUUAACAAUAUUGUAACAUUUUUUUGUGUUCAAUCUGAAUCAAACCCAGUCUAAUAGUGAAUAAUUACUUUGCAGUCUGGAGGUAAUGAGUUCUCUGUUGAAGGAUGUGGUUGCAUCUGAAGUGGAUUUGUUAAGAAGACUACAAUGUAUUGUGGACAUAUUUGCUACUUUGACAUUCUUUGUUCGAUGAACCCAGCAGUCUAAAAAUAUUUCCUAUGACAUUCAUCUCACAUUUGAUUUGUCCAAUAGUGUGAUGUUUAAUUACCGAUGUCCUACUGAAACGAUGUCAACAUUUAUAGCAUGGAAUUGUGUCACAAAUUUUACUACAGUAACAGUCCACAGGCUUAAAUAUUUGAUGAAGAGUUAUCACUUUAUUCACAUUUUUGGACUGGUAUAUUGGUGUGCUAUUUUACAUAUACUUUUGAUUUAUUUAAAUUUGGAUCGAAUGAGCUCUGCUUAACAAGGUGUUGGAAAACUAAACUAAUAUAGAGUUAGUCUAGCUGCCUUAUCUUGUGCACAUCAAACAUGUAACGAUGAAUAACACAAUUUGACUGGUUGUUGAAGUUGUAUUCGGAUGCAUGGGUAACUGCUUCACAGUCUUGUUUGGAAAAAUAAAAAACACGUGUUGUGGACAGACACGUUCUUUUAUAUUAAAAAACUAUAACGAUGAUCUUCAAGCAUUAGGUCCAGUCAAGGUCUCCAUUUGACGUUGUCAGGCUUGGACUUGUUUGGUGAUGUCCUUUAACCACAUUAUUUUCAUCAAAGAUUGUGAGAGAACUUUUCUUCAGCUUUUCCUCUCUCUUCAGACUAAUAUCAUGUAUAUUAAUGUUCAUUUUUUUUAUAGGACAUCAUUAGAACGUUGGUACCUAACCGAUUUACUUUUUUAAUUCGAGUAAGAUGUUGCAAAACCACCGCUAGAUGUCGCACGAGACCGUGACAUAGUCGAGAUUUAAUAUGCAUCGCUCCUCCUGUCGGUACGUAACCGUCAGCAGCCGUCAGUUCAGCCCAUGAUCGACAAAGAAAGGAGCCUCCUGAAGAUCGCUGUUCUGCUUCGUCUAUUUAGAUUAAAUGAUCGGUCGGAUUCGGAAAUUAUUUUGCAUCAACCAUGAACGUCCACCACCAGAGUCGAACCCGAUGGAUUUAUCUCAUUCUUCUUUUAAUUUAUGACUCGACGGCGGCACAGUUGUCAUACUCUGUUUCGGAGGAGGUGAACAAAGGCUCAGUGGUGGGAAACGUCGCCAAGGAUUUACACUUAAAUCUGCAAGAGCUCCACAGCAGGGACCUGCGUGUCGUUUCCAGCUACAAUAAGGAAUAUUUCGGCGUGGAUUUACCAAGUGGGAAUCUGAUCGUGAGAGACAGACUCGACAGAGAGGAGCUUUGUCCGAAUGUGGUAAAGUGCCUGAUGAGAAUACAAGCUGUGCUGAGCAGCCCGAUGACCGCGCACCGCAUCGAAGUCACCGUUCUAGAUAUUAACGACAACUCGCCUGCCUUCAGCGAACGUUCCUACUCUCUAAACAUUUCAGAAUCAUCUUUGCCUGGAGAGAGAUAUGUUAUUCCGUUCGCAAUCGAUAAAGAUAUCGGUAGUAACUCUGUUAAAACAUACACGUUAAGCCAAAAUGAUCAUUUCUCUCUAGAUGUGCAGAACGGGGGAGAACACGGCGUCUCUGCUGAGUUAGUUUUGCAGAUGGCUUUAGAUCGAGAGAAACAACCAGUGAUCAGACUUGUGCUGACAGCGAUAGAUGGGGGUAAACCUGCAAAAUCGGGAACACUGGAAAUAUAUGUGAACAUAAUCGAUGCAAAUGACAACUUCCCUAUAUUCAGCAAAUCCCUGUACAAAGUGCGUUUAAGUGAAGCUGCAGUGAAAGGUUCAGUGAUAAUGAAACUAAAUGCAACGGACUUGGACGAAGGCAUGAAUAGUAAAAUAUUAUACACCUUCCUUAAAAGAGGGCAAAAUGAACUGUCGAAUAUAUUUGAUGUGAACCCAGAAAAGGGUGAGAUUACGCUUAGCGGCCCAAUAGAUUAUGAAGAGACUCCUGCAUAUGAACUCAGAGUUCAAGCAAUGGAUCAGGGCCAACCUCCACGCAGUACACACACUAAACUACUGAUAGAGGUACUUGAUGAGAACGAUAAUGCUCCUGAAAUAUCCGUGACGUCACUGAUGACUCCAGUGAAAGAAGACGCAGAGCUGGGAACUAUCGUUGCUUUGGUCACAGUGAGUGACAGAGAUGGAGGCAGCAAUGGUGUAACCAGCUGUAAAGUAGUUGGAUCAGUUCCUUUUAAGCUCAAAUCAAACUAUAAAAAUGAUUAUUCAUUAGUAGUUGAUGGACCUCUGGACAGAGAAAAGACUUCUGUCUAUGACGUCACUAUUGAAGCAUCAGACGAAGGGAGCCCUCCUCUGUCCAGUAACAGGAUCAUUACUGUUCAUGUGUCUGACGUCAACGAUAACGCACCUCGAUUCAUGGAGCCUGUUAUUAAUGUUUAUGUGAAAGAAAAUAGUCCACAAGGUUCGAAAAUAUGUCAAAUUAAUGCGUCUGAUCCAGAUUUAGAUCUUAAUUCAAAACUGACUUAUUCAUUGAUAGACAGUCAUCCUCGAAAUGUUCCAAUCCUGUCAGCUCUGACCAUAAACUCAGACACAGGAGACAUAGUCAGUCUGCAGUCGUUUGACUUUGAGAAGCUAAAAACCUUCCAGUUCAAAGUUCAGGCCACAGACUCUGGUGUUCCUCCUCUCAGCAGCAACGUGACCGUGAACAUUUUUAUCCUGGAUGAGAACGACAACAGCCCUACGAUUCUGGCUCCCUAUUCUGAGCUGGGUUCAGUGAACAGUGAGAACAUUCCUUAUUCUGCUGAAGCAGGAUACUUUGUAGCAAAGAUCAGGGCUGUAGACACAGACUCUGGAUACAACGCUCUGCUGUCUUAUCACCUGUCUGAGCCCAAAGGAAACAACCUGUUCAGGAUCGGAACCAGUAGUGGGGAGAUCCGGACCAAGAGGAGGAUGAGCGACAAUGACCUGAAGACUCACCCCUUGGUGGUGCUGGUUUCUGAUAAUGGAGAACCCUCCCUGUCAGCGACUGUGUCUAUCGAUGUGGUGGUGGUUGAAAGCUCCGCUGACAUCCAGACUCAGUUCAGACAUGUGACCAUGAAGGAGGAGAACUUCUCUGAUUUGAACUUGUACCUGCUGAUCGCCAUCGUGGCGGUGUCGUCCAUCUUCCUGCUGAGUCUGGUGACCUUGAUAGCAGUCAGAUGUCACAGGACAGACAGUGAUUUCAGCAGGUACAGCCCCCCCAUGAUCACCACCCACCCUGACGGGAGCUGGUCUUACUCCAAAUCUACUCAGCAGUACGACGUGUGUUUCAGCUCAGACACACUCAAGAGUGACGUGGUGGUUUUCCCCGCCCCGUUUCCACCAGUAGAUGCAGAACUGAUCAGUAUUAAUGGAGGAGACACUUUUACCAGGACUCAGACUUUACCUAACAAAGAGAAGCCAAAGGCCCCAAGCAAUGACUGGAGAUAUUCAGCUUCACUGAGAGCCGGAGGAGUGAUGCAGAGCUCUGUGCACAUGGAGGAGUCGUCGGUAAUGCAGGGAGCACAGGGGGUCCUUGUCCAGAACUGGCCCACUGUAUCCAGUGCAGCGGACCCUGAAGGAGGAGAGGUGUCGCCACCGAUGGGAGCUGGUGUAGACAGUAACAGCUGGCACUUUCGCUAUGGCCCAGGGGGCCCUGGGGCCCCCCCUCAACACCUGAAGCCUGGCGACGUUCCACCAGAAGCUUUCAUCAUCCCCGGAUCCCCUGCCAUAAUUUCAAUCAGACAAAAUCAAGGAGAGGAUGACAAGAGCGAUUUUAUCACCUUUGGAAAGAAAGAGGAGGCCAAGAAGAAGAAAAAGAAGAAGAAGGAGGGAAAGAAAGACAAGAAGGACAAAGGCAAAGAUGACGGAGAUGAAUAAAGAGACUGAAAUUAUCAACAAAAAAAUGAGAGGGCAUAUUUAAAACAGAGGUACCAACUUUGGUCUACAGGGUAAAAUCAUUAUACUGAAUGAAUUAUGUUUCAUAUACCCCCUUAAAUAUUUUAUUGUGAGCCUAACUCAGAUUUACGUUGCUCAUUUUGCCUUGGCAACAAAUAAGGAUUUAUAUUCCUCCAUGCCCCAAUGUGCCUCUACACACACACACACAGAAUUAAGGACAGCUCAAUGCCCCUCUAAAAAAAAAAAAUCCUUUUAACCCACCAGGCAAUGUUGGCACCUCUGUCUUACAUCCUCUGUGAUUAUAAUGUAUAAACCAUUCUCUAUAAGAGAAGAUCAAAGGUCCGUGCCAGUCGAGGAAAGCAAGAAAGACAUCACUGGUUGAGUCUCGAAUAAGAAGCUGGACACGUUUUGUAAAUAGCACAGGAGGAAGUCACUGAAACUAAGGCUCACUUAAAACUGCAACAGAUUCCUCUGGUAAUAGUGUUUCCUGCGAUCUAAAUGAAAUCACGUGUGCACGUAACACGCAUGCUUGCACAAACAUGCAUCCACACAUACUUCGACGGCGAGGACACUGAAAGCACUUGAGGCCGAAAAAGAAGAGGAGAAGGACAUCUAAAAGAAAAAGUGCUUUAAACCGGGCGUCAGCUUUUGUUCGUGACAAAUGUGGCGAGCCAGAUUCGAUCCAAGGUCGCUCUGAGAUGGACAGCCAAGAGCCUCAUCUCCAGCCAGACGUCGAGUGAGGAGUGCGACAGAGAUGCCUCGCGGUCCUGAGGCGGAAGUCCAGCUAGACUGCUUUGUAACAAGCUUUCAGUCAGUGCGCUCCAAUGAAAUCUUACCAAGGAUUUCAGCUCAUAACAAGAGUGAUUGCGAACUCACUUUGCCCUAUAUUGCAGCAGAAGCCUAAUGCUUUAUGCUUUGAAUGUUUGGUAGCAACCACUUCUUAACCUUGAGUUUACAACUGCUCACCUGCUUGUGCUAGUCCUUUGCUGCCACAAACUCUUCCCUCCUCCCUCAGCAACCAUUUCCCCCUGCAUAUUCAACCUGCUGCUAAUUUAGCAAUGUAUCAGACUUUAUUAUUUUUUAUGAUUUGAAGGAAUUGAAAAUGGCAUACCUUGACCUUUAUAUUUUUGUCACAGCUUUAAUGGCUUUUUUGCAUGCAAAGCCAAGACCAAGACCCUCAGAUCCCAGAUGUCUUUCCCGAACUCCCCCGCUGAUGCUGCUCUACUCAGGAGCGCCUCCUGGGAACGGCCUGUACGGAACAUUGUGGUGUGCUGGGAACAGCAUGGAGUAAUGUGGAUGAGGCCUGAGCAGUAAACCUCUUCUUUUUUUUUUUUUUAAAUGAUGUCUCAUAAGUGUGCAAAAACAAUUCAGUGCUUUUAAAUUGUGACUAUUCCAGUCUGCUGUUCUUUUUAAUGGCUUGUAGCCAUUGUUGAGGACCAGGUGGGUUGUGGCCAUGAUGGAGGACUGGGGCGAAGUUCGGAGACAGGCGCCGUGGGCUGGCCCUUGUCCUUUGGGAGCAAGUCGAAGCUCGAUAGUCCAAACAGCUUAUGUUUAUAGCUUGUGACUUUUGCUUCACGUCCACUACCACAUCCCACCAGUCCUUUUUAAGUGCGGUUUUGGAUGAAAAAUAACGAAAAAGAAAGAAAAACAAAAAGAUAUUCUGUUCUCCCCAGCCUUGCCUGUAUAACUUGUCGCCACAUCCCCAAAGUUUGCGGCUCAGUAUAAUGUCACUUCAUCCAGUGGCUGCUGCAUGUACAAGGAAACACACACUAUAUAGAGAGAAAUAUAUAUAUAAAUAGAUAGAUAGCUAUGGUUUUAUUCUUUUGUACCAUUCUCAUCAUUACUCACGCAGGAUAUAUUUGACAGACUUCGGUCAAUGCCAAACAUCUACGUAUUUCAAUCAAAAUGGAACCUCUUUACAUGUAUAUAAAUGCUCUUGUGUGAACCAUCUCAUUUCAGCAUUAUUUUUGUUCAGUAUGAUUUAUGUUUUUAAAGGAAGCAAUGACGGAAAGAAGAAAAAAAAAUUCUGUCUGGUUUGAGAUGAUUUUACUAACACUGUAAUAAUGUAAUCGAAAUGUGUAAACUGACACCCUGAUUCACUGUUAGAAUAAUGAUACAAAAAAAGAAAAAAAAAUCAAUACAUAAAAAAAAUAAAAAUAAAAAUCUGUAUAUGUUCUGUAUGCUAGUGUUUAGUGGAACGUUCAUGCCGUCUUUCCUUUCCGGGUGUGGUGGUAAACUGUGGUGGCAAUGUGGUGUCUGAAAUGGACCAGCCCUGAUCUGUUGUGAAAUCCCUCCUUUUUGAACACUCAUCAACUGUGACAGUAAUGUAGUGAAUUUCAUUUAUUUGAUUUCAGCUCAAUGGAUACAGUUGUAAUGUGUUCUGUUUAUAAUUCACAAAUAAAGUUUGUUUUUCUUAAAAAUGAACA